UGACGAUCAGUUGUUGUUGAUCUUCUCGAUUGUACAAAACUAAUAGUCAUACUGUAAGGUGGGACUAUUAGUAACUUUCUGGUGGACCUUAGUACCAGGUCCUUUUAACUUUCUCUCCGAUUAAGUGUGUAGUUAAUAUUUAAUGUCAAUUGAUAAGUGAAGAAAAAAUAAUCUAAUAAUUAAUAAUUGCAUCUUAGAUUUUACGGUCACAGACAUAUUAUAAAAUCCAUAAACCAUGGAAGACGGACACGCAAAAAGCGUCGAGGAAGUAUUAAAAUAUUUCGGAACGAAUGAUGAGGUCGGCUUAACAUCAGAUCAAGUCAAAACCUUUCAAGCAAAAUAUGGACCUAAUGAACUUCCAACAGAGGAGGGGAAAACAAUAUGGCAAUUAGUGCUCGAACAAUUCGAUGAUCUUUUAGUUAAAAUUCUGUUAUUGGCUGCUAUUAUUUCAUUUGUAUUAGCUCUUUUUGAAGAACAUGAAGGUGUUGAGGCAUUCGUAGAACCAUUCGUAAUCUUACUUAUUUUAAUCGCUAAUGCUGUAGUUGGUGUGUGGCAAGAACGAAAUGCGGAAUCAGCCAUUGAAGCCCUUAAGGAAUACGAACCGGAAAUGGGAAAAGUUGUCCGUCAAGACAAGAGCGGUAUUCAAAAGCUCCGUGCUAAGGAAAUCGUUCCCGGUGACAUUGUUGAAGUGUCAGUCGGUGACAAGAUUCCAGCUGAUAUUCGUUUGAUCAAAAUCUUCUCAACAACCAUUCGUAUCGAUCAAUCCAUCUUGACUGGUACAAAUGUUGCCGCUGGUAAAGCUCGUGGUAUUGUCAUUGGAACUGGAUUGAACACCGCUAUUGGUAAGAUUCGUACUGAAAUGUCGGAGACUGAAGAAAUUAAGACACCAUUGCAACAAAAACUUGACGAAUUCGGUGAGCAAUUGUCAAAGGUCAUCUCAAUUAUUUGCGUUGCUGUCUGGGCCAUCAACAUUGGACAUUUCAACGAUCCAGUCCAUGGUGGAUCAUGGAUCAAGGGUGCCAUCUACUACUUCAAAAUUGCCGUCGCUUUGGCUGUCGCUGCCAUCCCAGAAGGUUUACCAGCUGUCAUCACAACAUGUUUGGCUUUAGGUACACGUCGUAUGGCUAAGAAGAACGCCAUCGUCCGCUCAUUGCCAUCAGUUGAAACUCUCGGUUGCACAUCCGUCAUCUGCUCUGAUAAGACCGGCACAUUGACCACAAAUCAAAUGUCUGUUGCUCGCAUGUUUGUCUUCGAAAAGAUUGAAGGAAAUGACAGCGCAUUCACUGAACUCGAAAUGACUGGAUCCACCUACGAACCCAUCGGCGAUCUUUUCAUCAAGGGAUCGAAAGUUAAGGCCUCCGACUAUGACAUCCUUCAAGAAAUGGCAACAAUCUGUGUUAUGUGUAACGAUUCAGCUAUUGAUUUCAAUGAAGUUAAGGCAGCUUUCGAGAAAGUUGGUGAAGCUACCGAAACCGCUUUGAUUGUUCUCGCUGAGAAAUUGAAUCCAUUCUCAGUUCCAAAGACCGGACUGGAUCGUCGUUCAGCUGCUAUUGUUGUUCGUCAAGAAAUUGAAACCAAGUGGAAGAAAGAAUUCACUCUUGAAUUCUCACGCGAUCGUAAAUCGAUGUCAUCUUACUGCACACCAUUGAAAUCAUCACGUCUUGGAAAUGGACCUAAAAUGUUCUGCAAAGGUGCACCAGAAGGUGUCUUGGAACGUUGUACACAUGCUCGUGUUGGAACCAGCAAAGUUCCACUCACAUCAACACUUAAGAAUCGUAUCUUGGAUCUCACACGUCAAUAUGGUACUGGACGUGACACAUUACGUUGCUUGGCUUUGGCUACUGGCGAUGCCCCAAUGAAACCCGAAGACAUGGACUUGAAUGAGUCUAGCAAAUUCUACACUUAUGAAGUUAAUCUUACAUUUGUCGGUGUCGUUGGUAUGUUGGAUCCACCACGUAAAGAAGUCUUCGAUUCAAUCGUUCGUUGCCGUGCUGCUGGUAUUCGCGUCAUUGUCAUUACUGGUGACAACAAAGCCACCGCUGAAGCUAUCUGCCGUCGUAUUGGAGUGUUCGGUGAAGAUGAAGACACAACUGGAAAAUCAUAUUCAGGUCGUGAAUUUGAUGAUUUACCACUCUCAGAACAGAAACAAGCUGUCGCUCGUGCUCGUCUCUUCUCACGUGUCGAACCUGCUCACAAGUCAAAGAUUGUUGAAUUCUUGCAAGCACAAAAUGAAAUUAGCGCUAUGACAGGUGAUGGUGUCAAUGAUGCUCCUGCUUUGAAAAAAGCCGAAAUCGGUAUUGCUAUGGGUUCAGGUACAGCUGUCGCUAAAUCUGCUUCCGAAAUGGUCUUGGCUGACGAUAACUUCUCAUCAAUUGUCGCUGCUGUUGAAGAAGGUCGCGCUAUUUACAACAACAUGAAACAAUUUAUUCGUUAUCUCAUCUCUUCAAACAUUGGUGAAGUCGUUUCAAUUUUCUUAACAGCUGCUUUGGGUCUCCCAGAAGCUCUCAUUCCUGUUCAACUUUUGUGGGUCAACUUGGUCACUGAUGGUCUUCCCGCCACCGCUUUAGGUUUCAAUCCACCUGACUUGGACAUCAUGACAAAGCCACCUCGUAGAGCUGAUGAAGGUCUCAUUUCUGGAUGGUUGUUCUUCCGUUACAUGGCUAUUGGUGGAUAUGUCGGUGCCGCUACUGUUGGUGGAGCUGCUUGGUGGUUCAUGUAUUCUGAAACUGGACCCCAACUUAGCUUCUGGCAAUUAUCUCAUCACAUGCAAUGUCUUGGUGGUGGUGAUGACUUCAAAGGUGUUGACUGCAAAGUCUUCCUUGAUCCACAUCCAAUGACAAUGGCACUUUCAGUUCUUGUAACAAUUGAAAUGUUGAAUGCAAUGAACAGUUUGUCAGAAAAUCAAUCACUUGUUGCUAUGCCACCAUGGACCAACAUGUGGUUGGUUGGAUCAAUGUGCUUAUCAUUCGCCCUUCACUUCGUCAUCUUAUACGUUGAAGUCCUUUCUGGUGUUUUCCAAGUGACUCCGUUGGGUGUUGAUGAAUGGGUCACUGUGAUGAAAUUCUCAAUUCCAGUCAUCCUGCUGGACGAGACAUUGAAGUUCGUCGCAAGAAGAAUUUCAGAUGUUAACGAGGUAGUUGUUGACAAAUGGCAUUAAGAACAAGAACUCUUUCGAAACAAAUCAAUAAUUAAAAGAAAUAAAAUCAAUCAAUCAAUAAAAUGACAUCUACAACGUAAAACAAUUUCUUAUCACCAUUAAUGAGAAGCAUUCAAUUUGAAUUCAUUAUUCGUUUUCGUUUGUGAAAAGAACAUUGUGUUAAUUUAAAUACAAGAAAGAAAACCAAUUGAUGACGAUAUAGAAUGUUAUCCCAUCCUUAUCAUGAAGUGAAUGGAUAAAAACAAAUCACAAUUAUAUCAUUAAAAAAAAUAAAAGUUAACCACCUUUGAAACUUAGUGUAACCAAUUAAAUGACAUCUGAAUGAUUUUUCUUGUUUUUUUUUUAUUUCCUGAGAUGUGAAAAAAAAGAAAAUAAAUGAAGAUUGAAAUGAAACAGACGAAAAUCACGAAUAUUUCAUUAUCUAAUCUUUAGUAGGAAUCGCAAUCAACAAUUCUUAAAAAAAUAAUAAAAAAAAUUUUGUUUCGUGUGAAAAGCAAAAAUCCUUUUUCUUUGAGUCUAAAUAUCUCGUUGAAUUUAGAACAAUCACAAAUCAUACACAAAUGUAAGUUCAUUGACAUUAAAUGCAGAGAGAUAAAUAAAUAAAUUGUAGAUAUUUUGUUGAUUAACUUAGCGGUCUUUUCAAUUUAUAUUUGCAAUAACUUUUCUUACUCUUAUUCAUAAUCUAUGAACGUUAAUCACCCUUUUCUCGUACCUAAAUAAUUGACUCCUUUUUUAUUUUUCUUGUGUAGAUAAACUUUUCUUUUUAUUAUUACCUAAAUAGGGACAAAGAAUAUUGUUAAAGUUUUAAUUCUUCUUUAGAGGGUGAAAACGCAAAUUUAUCAUUUUCAUUUUGCUUCAUCCUUAUGAGUUGAUACAUGAGAGUUUUAAGAGAUUUUACUAAAAAUUAAUUUAAAUAUCGGAUAGUAAGCGGUUGUUAACCCUUUAUAGGUAAUUUACGCCUUACAAUUAAAAGCAAAAGAAUGAAGUUUUGUUGUUGAUGAAGAAACAUAUUUAAAUACUUAACAAAAAGCGAGCAAAAGAUUCAUGUGGACUUAUAGCGCGUUGAUAAUAAAUGAAAAUUAAAUAAAAUUAAAAAAAACAGUAAAGAGCGAGACAAGCGACUUUUUGGCGAUGAUUUGUUUAAAAAGUAAAACAAUGUUUUAAAGAGAAUAAUACGAAAAGUUGAACUUUUUGAAAUCCAAUUUGGAACCAAUAAAAAAAUAUUAAAAAAAAAAAUUAAAUUUUUCUAUCGACGACAUGAAUUUUCAGAAAAGCUUGAAGGAAUUUCCAUUUAAUCAACUUUUAUUUCAAUAAAUUAAAAUGACUUUAUUCCGAAAAUAAAUAAAUUGUUUGUUGAAAAUGGAGAACAUUUUGGUAUCGAAGGUUUUAUCGUUUAGUAAGCUGUUGCUGUUGCUGUUUGAGCUGAUGAUGCUGAUGAUGAAGAGCUUGCUCCUGAUGAAGAACCAUUAGAAGUGUAAGAGCUUGAAGAUGGAGCACUUGGAUAGUAUGAACUGUAAGCUAAGUUAUGGGAGGACGAAGAUGCAGAAGGUUCCCAAACACGAGAGUAUGAUGAACCUGAACUUGAAGGCUCCCAUGCUGCUGGGCCGUAAGAAGAGUCAGGUGCUGCUGGCGUAGUUGGUGGUCCAUAAUUCAUUGCAGGUUCUUGCAUUCCUGCCAUUCCUGCCAUUCCAUUCAUCAUUGGCAUCAUUGACAUUGGCAUUCCAAGACCAGUUUUCUUCACCAAUUGAGAAAUUAAAAAGCCGAGAACAAUCGUGAUGGCCAAUUUCGAAAGAAUGAGAGCUUUCAUAGCUUUCAAUCCAAUGAUUGCAACAAAGAUUGGCAUUAAGGCUUUCAUUUUAAGUUUAAGUAGAAGAAGAACAGGGAAGAGAAGUUUCUUCUUUAAUAAGCCACGAGAUUCUGUAAAUGAGUCUUCAAUUACUUCAAAAUCAACUCCACGAUCAGCACGAUACGUGACAUCAACAUCACCGAAAAUAAUUUUAGGUAAUUUCACUCGAAUUUCGUUUGUAGCUAAAAUUCUUGAGACGCGAUCAUAAAUCACUUUGUCGACGUUUUUCUCGUCAAAUGCACGAGACUGCUCGACUUUAUAACCGAGAACGGUAUCCAAGUAGGUCAGAACUUUUCCUUUCAGACACGACAUGCCAUUCAUCUCGAAGCAAUCAUUAAAGAUUGCUGAAAUAAGCUGUUCGCUGGUGUGAAUUCGCGGCGUUUCUGUAAUAUCGUUUGAGAUCGCUGCACCAUGCACCACCGUCACAACAAAUAAUCCAAUCGUUAGAAUUCGAUACAUUUCUCUUUCGUUGAUUCUUAAAUUCAGAAUCGAA